AAAGCAACACCAGAAUAGAGAAUAUAACUGAUUAUAUUCAUUCUUUAUUACUACUUUAAUUUUCUGUGUUCGUUUUCAUUUCUAUUUGCUAGAGAGAGAAAGUUAGAGAGAGAGAGAGAGAGAGAGAGAGAUUGAUGUAUAGAAAUGGCGGGUUACGAACAUCAGCAAGGCUCCGGCGGCGGUGGUAAUUCUUCUCGCUACGUUCAUCAGCUUCUCACACCACCGACGGACCUCCACUUGCAGCAGAGGCCGCCGCCGUUGCCUUCUCGUCUUGAAAUUCAUCACGAGCCGUCUGCUAAUUCCAAGGACGACGACGCCGCCGCUACCACCAGCUCCGGGGGUACUCCCUCCGCCAACCGCCGCCCGCGCGGUCGUCCUCCGGGAUCCAAGAACAAGCCCAAGCCCCCAAUUAUCGUCACGCGCGACAGCCCCAACGCGCUCCGAUCCCACGUCCUCGAAAUCUCACUCCAGCUGACGCGUGCGCGGAGACGACGGCGGCGGCGGCGGCGGCGGCAGAAUCCUCCUUACUCUCCUGUUGAGCUUUCUCCUGUUGAGAUUUCUCACUAAUUUGUGUGUGUGUGUGUGUGUGUUUUUAUGUGUGCGAGAGAAAGAGGGGAGAGAGAGAGAG